UCACAACAUGGCCCAGGACAAGAAAAUGAGACGACAGAAGCUGUAUUCAAAUGUGAUCCGUGAGCAGAACAAGAAGAUAAGUAGGAUUACCUUUUGCCGGACGCCAAGAACCCAUUGGGCAGUGACAACAAGGACAACAUGGUUCCCAGAAGGAAGGCCCUGGAGUAUGCCAGGUGCAUCCUGCGGCCCAAGGUGGCGCCCCUGCCUCAGCAGACCAAGACCAGAGAGCCAGAGUGGGCCCAGGAGGGCCCCAGGGGCCACACUCACCUCCUGGAGGGCUUCGACAUAUCCCAGCUGGCCACACUGGAGGCCCUGAGGAAACGGCAGGGGCAGGAGAUACAGACCAUGGCCCACUUCAAGGUGGUGCACACCAUCUGACACUACACCGGCCCAGUUACUUUACAACACACUAGAGUCACGCAACAACAGGUUUCCCCUUACAGCUGACAUGGCCAUUUAACUUUUGGGGAAAGGCAGUAUAUGGACUAUAUAUUAAUAUACCUUAUUGAAGUUUGAAUAAUAUGCAAAUGUUUGUACACAUUUCAGAUAAAUAAUGCUCUUGCUAUUGACAAUGAUUCCACAAUUGCUUGAAUAUCUCUCUGCUAAUAUUCCUUACAAUUGCUCAUGAGUCAUGAUUUGAGUGCACAUGACCUGAAAAUGUUUAAUACAGCUGCUCAAGUCAAUUCAGGCAUAACACAUAUGGUUUGUUGUUGUACAAUACUACACAUACAGUGUUAAUAGUACAAUACUAUAUACAAUCUGAGAGAACAUGUAC